AGGGGAGGCCCCACGCUUCGCGGGCCCUCGGGGUCGUGUAGUUUCCGGGGCCACGGCACCUGGGGCACACCAGGUGGUGUCGCGCCUUUGCCUUCCCGAGCCUUCUGGGUAAGGUAAUGUAGUAUCCGUGGGGCGACGCCUGCGCACAAGACCACGUCGGGCCUCACUUUUCCCAGGCCUUCUGGGUAAUGUAGUUUCCGGGAUCCGCGCCUGGCCUGUGCCAGCUUGCAGAGCUCACCAGGCGCAGACCCCUGCGGUCAGGGCGAGGACGGAUCUGAGCAGCCAGCCAGCUGGUGCCGCCACCCGCGGGACCCUGAGGCCUUGAGCACAUCUGCAAUGCUCCAGAAGCCCAAGAGCGUGAAGCUGCGGGCCCUGCGCAGCCAGAGGAAGUUCGGCGUGGCUGGCCGGAGCUGCCAGGAGGUGCUGCACAAGGGCUGUCUCCGCUUCCAGCUCCCUGAGCGCGGCUCCCGGCUGUGCCUGUAUGAGGAUGGCACGGAGCUCACCGAAGACUACUUCCCCAGCGUUCCCGACAACGCCGAGCUGGUGCUGCUCACCUCGGGCCAGGCCUGGCAGGGCUAUGUAAGUGACAUCGGGCGCUUCCUCAGUGCAUUUCACGAGCCGCACGCGGGGCUCGUCCAGGCCGCCCAGCAGCUGCUGUGUGAUGAGCAGGCCCCGCAGAGGCAGAGGCUGCUGGCCGACCUCCUGCACAAUGUCAGCCAGAACAUUGCAGCCGAGACCCGGGCUGAGGACCCGCCGUGGUUUGAAGGCUUGGAGUCCCGAUUUCAGAAUAAGUCUGGCUAUCUGAGAUACAGCUGUGAGAGCCGGAUCCGGAGUUACCUGAGAGAGGUGAGCUCCUACCCCUCCUUGGUGGGUGCGGAGGCUCAGGAGGAAUUCCUGCGGGUCCUCGGCUCCAUGUGUCAGAAGCUCCGGUCCGUGCAGUACAAUGGCAGCUACUUCGACAGAGGAGCCAAGGGCGGCGGCCGUCUCUGCACACCGGAAGGCUGGUUCUCCUGCCAGGGUCCCUUUGACAUGGACAGCUGCUUAUCAAGACACUCCAUCAACCCCUACAGUAACAGGGAGAGCAGGAUCCUCUUCAGUACCUGGAACCUGGAUCAUAUAAUAGAAAAGAAACGCACCAUCAUUCCUACACUGGUGGAAGCAAUUAAGGAACAAGACGGAAGAGAAGUGGACUGGGAGUAUUUUUAUGGCCUGCUGUUUACCUCAGAGAACCUAAAACUAGUGCACAUUGUCUGCCAUAAGAAAACCAUCCACAAGCUCAACUGUGACCCGAACAGAAUCUACAAACCCCAGCCAAGGUUGAAGCGGAAGCGGCCUGUGCGGAAACGCUAGUGACACGUACACACCACAUUCUGGUCUUGGUUCCAGGCCUGACGUGGGCGUCAUUUUAACAGUUUCAAGCUUUUAUGAGGAAAGUGUUUCUAUGUAGAAACUGGAAGCUGUUCAGUGCACUGGCAGCUGAACCCUGCUCAUUGAUCAGCGUUACUAUCAUCUCAGAUCAUAUGGAGCUCAUGUCGGCCAUGUGGGUGGCAGGUGCCAGAGACGAUCUGGAAGGAAACACGCGGAUCUGAACAGCAGUAAUCCUGGGGGAUACGGGGGUAGGGCUGGAUUACAGAGGGCUCAUUUUCUACAUCAUGUAUUUUAUGGUACUUGAAUUUUUUGAAAUGGGCAUUUAUAACAUGUUAAAAUGUACUUUUUAAAUUAAGUCAUUUUGUAAUAUUUGAAUUUUUACAUUUGUUGUACAAUCAGGAAAAGCAAUAAAGAUUUUU